CUUGCCUAUGCCUACGUCCUGAGUGGCAUUGCCUAGGUUUUCUUCUAUUUGUAACAUAUUUAAAAAGCUUUUCCAGGGCCACAGGUCUAGUUUUAAGGACCCUGGUGUCUACAUCAUGCCCGAAAGUUACACAUAAAUCCCCCUCACUUGAUGGUGAAGAUCAUGGUGGAGAUGAAAUCCUGCCCCCUAGGUCCAGAGGCUUGGAUAUAGGGACACAUGGAUUGGUGGUGUGUGGAGUUCAGGCAGAAGCACAGGAAAAAAUGACCUCCAAGGAGGGAAGGAAAUAAACAUUUACCGAAUUACUUUAAGCUAGAGGCACUAGACAUGGUAUCACUUUUAAGCCAAACAUGCAUUCAAUUAACCCCAUUAUUCACAAGUGUAGAAUUAGAUCUAAAGCUUUUUUUCCUUGUGUUCUGAAGCCUUCAAGGCUUUGAAGGCUGGAAUCUCCAGUGGUUGAGUAGUUGAUACAACAUCAAUACUCAGUUUUAUGUUUUCCACCACGAGUUGCCUUAUUUUUAAAUUAAAAAAAAAAUCAAUGAAUAAAUUAAAACAAUUUUUGCGCUGCCAGAAGGAAAAACAUUUUAAAGUGUGAAAAGCCAUGAGUAAAUAGUUGUAAACAGUAUUACCCACUUAGAUCAUAAUACACUUGACCACAAAGGACUUAUGCUAAUCAGUGGAGAAUGGGACAAAAGAUGUCAACAAAUACUUUGCCUAUAAAGCAAAAUGCUUUUCUAAUAAACCUCUGGACACAUGCCAAACUGUCCCCGAACCAAACCGAGGGUUGGGCUGCUUAUUCUUGAGGCCCAAUAACGAGAUGCAGAUGAACUGGGAGAAAAGGGAGUUUUUAUUUCUGUAAUUGUUCAUAGGGAGAAGGCCUGGAAGUUAUUGCCAGACCAACUCAGAAUUACAAAGUUUUCCGGAGCUUAUAUACCUUCUAAGCUAUAUGUCUACGUUGACCGAGUCUCCCUGGAUCACUCAGUCUGGAGUACAGUGGCGCGAUCAUAGCUCACUGCAGCCUCCAGCUCUUGGUCUCAGGCUAUCUUCCAACCUCCGCCUCCUGACAUUUCCAAGUCUGUUCUGUGAGACACUAGGGCCAGGACAAAGCAACAACAAAAUGUGCUCUACUCUAAGGAAGUGUGGGACAUACAGAACUGAAGGAUGCCAUGACCAUGGUAGCACUUUUCAAGGAAGAAAGAAAGGUGGGAGUUCUUUCCAGGAUAAUUUUGACAAGAGGAACCCUCGUUACGAACACGGUGGGCAUGAGCUUCCGCCUUCAGAGCGCCAGGAGAAUGAUGGAAGCCUGGAGAUGGGGGAUGUCCACAAGGACCGCCAACUAAGACACACUCCUUAUAGUAUCGAACGCAACAGGAAGCUAGUGAAAUGGCAUAGUGAAGACCAAAUCCAUACUACCACGUGGAGAAACAGAAAACGUCCAGAGAGAAAAAUGAUGGAGGACACGCAAGAUGGAAAAACGAGGGCCUGGUUCAAGGUCACAAUUCCGUACGGGGGAAAGUAUGACAAGGCAUGGCUAAUGAAUUCAAUCCAGAGCCAUUGCAGUGUCCCCUUCACUCCGCUUGAUUUCCACUACUUCCAAAAUCGGGCACACUUCUUUGUGCAAGGUGCUAGUACUGCCUCUGCAUUGAAGGAUGUCAACUAUACGAUUUGUGAUGACCACAACCGGAAGAUAUGUAUAUUUGUCAAUCAUUCUACUGCGCCCUUCUCUGUGAAGAAUAAGUUGAAGCCAAGCCACAUGGAGUUGCUAAAGCUGACCAUGGACAAACGAUAUGAUGUCUUCCAGCAAGCUCUUGAUCUCCAAAGUCUCCGCUUUGACCCAGACUUGACGGGCCGUGAUAUUGAUAUAAUCCUGAAUCGAAGAAACUGCAUGGCUGCCACCCUGAAGAUCAUUGAAUCGAAUUUCCCUGAGCUACUGUCUUUGAACUUGUGCAACAACAAACUGUACCAGCUGGAUGGCCUGUCCGACAUUACAGAGAAGGCCCCCAAAGUCAAGAUCCUGAACCUCUCCAAAAAUGAGCUGAAGUCGGUGUGGGAGUUGGGCAAGGUCAAAGGGCUGAAGCUCGAAGAGCUGUGGCUAGAAGGGAACCCUUUGUGCAGCACAUUCUCUGACGAGUCCGCCUAUGUAAGCGCCAUCCAGGAUUGUUUCCCCAAGUUGUUACGCCUGGACGGCCGAGAGUUAUCCUCAGCAACGACUGUUGACAUUGACAGCUCUGAGUUAAUGAAACCCUGCGAGGAAAGCUGUAAUGGAUCUGAGACCCUAAAGCAUAUAGUCCUGCGGUUCCUGCAGCAGUAUUACUCGAUCUAUGACUCUGGAGAUAGACGGGGCCUCCUUGGUGCUUACCAUGAGGAGGCCUGCUUCUCCGUGACUAUUCCCUUCAACCCCGAGGACUCAGCCCCGAAGAGCUUGAGCCAGUACUUCGAGGAUAGCAGGAAUAUAAAAACACUCAAGGACCCAUACCUGAGGGAGGAACUGCUGAAACACACAAAACGUGACAUUGUGGACUUCCUCAGUGCAUUGCCCAAGACUCAGCAUGACCUCAGCUCCAUCCUGGUGGACAUGUGGUACCAGACGAAAUGGAUGCUCUGCUUUUCUGUCAACGGGGUGUUCAAGGAAGUGGAAGGACAGUCUCAGGGUUCUGUUCUCGCCUUCACCCGGACCUUCAUUGCUACCCCUGGUAGCAAUUCCAGUCUGUGCAUCGUGAAUGACGAGCUGUUUGUGAGGGACGCCAGCCCCCAAGAGACUCAGAGUGCCUUCUCCAUCCCAGUGUCCACACCCUCCUCCAGCUCUGAGCCCUCCCUCUCCCGGGAGCAGCAGGAAAUGGUGCAGGCUUUCUCUGCCCAGUCUGGGAUGAAGCUGGAAUGGUCUCAGAAGUGCCUUCAGGACAAUGAGUGGAACUACACCAGAGCUGGUCAGGUCUUCACUAUGCUCCAGACCCAGGGCAAGAUCCCAGCGGAGGCCUUCAAGCAGAUCCCCUGAAAGGAGCCCUUCCAUGUCUUCUUUGUCUUCGUUCACAUCCUCUUUGUUUCCUCUUUUCACCAGCCUAAGGCCAUGCCCAGGAGCGGCGUUGGAGGCCUGGCCGAUCAGGAAGCCAAAGUUAACUGGCAGACUGCAUGCCAUAACCACCCGAAGAGCCACUUGCUCUGUGUAUUUGCCCCACUCAUUAUCGCUGUUUAUUUUCAUAAUAAAGAGUGAUGUUGCACGUUG